ACAUCUCUACAGCAGCGCCGCGCCACGCCUGUCACAUUUCACGCGUGCAUGCGCAGUGGGAGCGGUGUGGGUGGAGAGCAAUUUGUUGUUUAUUUUCGUGGCCAGCUAACCAGUAAAUGUGUUGUUGUUAGCUUACAAUGUAUAUAUAUUUUUAUAGAUAUAGCCAAGUGUAAAUAUAAACGAGUACGCGUUUAGCUAAUAUGAGACUUUAACAUCUCGUGAGGUAGCUGAUUAGGACCAUUAUAGAAGAAGGUUAGCGAGCUAACGAGAGGCUGAUGAAUGUCUUUUAGCAUUAGCUGUUAGCCCAGCUAGCCAAAAUAACAGUAACGCAAGCUAACGCUUAGCGAAAUUUAGGCAGCUAAAGCCACCCACUUAUCAUCCUCUACCGCCGGUUCUCAGAGCGCUGCUGUGUGGAGAAAUCACUGCAUAGAGGAUACAGCUGGAAAGCCUCCCCAAGGUUGAAACCUAAGGAGCAAGAUGUCAAUCACGAACACUCCCACAAGUAACGAUGCCUGCCUGAGCAUUGUGCAUAGCCUGAUGUGCCACCGGCAGGGAGGAGAGAGCGAAAGCUUUGCUAAGCGAGCUAUCGAGAGUCUUGUCAAGAAACUGAAGGAGAAGAAAGAUGAGCUUGAUUCCCUUAUCACAGCCAUCACUACAAAUGGAGCUCAUCCCAGCAAGUGUGUAACCAUACAGCGAACUUUAGAUGGACGCCUACAGGUUGCAGGGCGGAAAGGUUUUCCUCAUGUUGUCUAUGCCCGGCUGUGGCGGUGGCCUGAUCUACACAAGAAUGAAUUAAAACAUGUGAAAUAUUGCCAGUAUGCCUUUGACCUCAAAUGUGACAAUGUGUGUGUCAACCCAUACCACUACGAGAGGGUUGUCUCUCCAGGCAUUGAUUUAUCAGGACUGACCCUUUCCACUUCAGGACCACUCUUGGUAAAGGAUGAGUAUGACUAUGAUAACCAGCCGUCUCACUCCAGCUCUGAAAGCCACCUGCAGACUAUCCAGCAUCCCCCGUCAAGGCCAGGUCCACCAGAACCCUUCAGCAGCCCCGCUCUACUCCCCUCAUCGGAGGGCACCAGUUCAGCUUCAACCUCUGCUUUCUCUACCAUCAGUGCUGGACCCUCAAAUCCUCCCCCGAACUGGAGCAGAAACAGCAGCUUCACUCCUGCAGUGCCUCAACAUCAGAAUGGGCAUCUACAGCAUCAUCCGCCCAUGCCUCACACAGGGCAUUACUGGCCUGUUACUAAUGAAAUAGCGUUCCAGCCCCCCAUAUCCAAUCACCCUGCCCCAGAAUACUGGUGCUCCAUUGCGUACUUUGAGAUGGAUGUCCAGGUUGGGGAGACGUUUAAGGUGCCAUCCACAUGUCCGAUAGUGACAGUGGAUGGCUAUGUGGAUCCCUCGGGAGGUGAUCGUUUCUGCUUGGGCCAGCUGAGCAAUGUCCACAGGACAGAGAACAUAGAGAGAGCCAGGCUCCACAUUGGCAAAGGUGUGCAGCUGGAGUGCAAAGGUGAAGGAGACGUCUGGGUGCGCUGUUUGAGUGAUCAUGCGGUGUUCGUGCAGAGCUAUUACCUGGACCGAGAGGCCGGACGUGCUCCUGGAGAUGCAGUUCACAAGAUCUACCCCAGUGCUUACAUAAAGGUGUUUGACUUGCGUCAGUGCCACAGGCAGAUGCAGCAGCAGGCAGCAACAGCUCAAGCAGCAGCUGCAGCCCAGGCAGCAGCGGUGGCUGGGAACAUUCCCGGGCCUGGCUCUGUGGGAGGCAUUGCCCCUGCCAUCAGUUUGUCUGCUGCUGCUGGCAUUGGGGUUGAUGACCUGCGUAGGCUGUGCAUCCUGCGGAUGAGCUUCGUGAAAGGCUGGGGGCCUGACUACCCACGGCAAAGCAUCAAAGAGACGCCCUGCUGGAUUGAGAUCCAUUUACACCGAGCUCUGCAACUACUGGAUGAAGUUCUGCACACCAUGCCCAUAGCUGACCCUCAACCUCUUGACUGAGUUUGAAGGCAUAAACUGUACGAAAAACAAACAAACAAAACAAACAAACAAAAAAAAUCUGACUCUACUUUUAACAGACCACUCCACAUAGGCUUGGAUCGCCAAAGGAGGACUGCAGGGAAGCCUAGCUGAGUAGGUUGUAGGAGUAAAAACAAGGAAGUUAAAGGCCGGCAGUAUACUCCGAACACACUGCUUUAAAAUCCAGCACUGCAAGCAGUUCCCAGUAUACUGAGCGAGACUCCAGGUCUGUAAAUUCGGUGACUUCCAAACAAAAACUGGAGGAACAUGUGAGUCACACAGGGAGGAGUUGUGGUACACUGGAAACAUGCUGCCAAGAGGAUGCGCAUGAAAAAGGAAGGAAUUGGAACUGCAGAACAGCGUGAAGUGAAAAUCUCAACAUCUCACUUUGACAUGAAUCAAAGAAUGUGUCCACACUGAGAUUAAAAGAUGCAAAAAGUGUCUCAAUCAUUUAAUUAACCAUUAGUGCGGUACAAAAGCAUUGUGUCACCACAACACAGUGUAAGGUGUCAAACAAGAACCAAUUCACUCUUCUUUUUCUGUGCACAUUUAGUUUAUUUAAUAUUUAAGAUUUUUAGAUGUAUAGAGUCCCCUCAACUGAGUGACAAGAGGGCAAACUAUUUGGCUUAAAACGUGGUGCUUUGUAUUGGAUGCAAACCUGAUAAUUUACCCUGUCUGAACAAACUAAAUUUGAUUUCAGCUGGAGUAUACUGCCGGUCCAGUCCUCCUUCAUCGGCUCUUCGGUGCUGAUAUGGCUUCAUGUAAGUGGAGUUUUUAUUCCCCCCCCUCACAGAUCAGGACAUUUAUGUAAAAUCAUGUUAUUCAUUACUCAUGUUCUCGUAAGGAUGUAAUCUUAAAUAUUUUUCAAUUCUGACAGUCCUUGUUUUUGUGUUUUUUUUUAAUUUAUAUUCCCCUUUGAAUAGUUGUUUUUAACGAGAGCAUUUGAAAAGCUUGUUUUAGCUUCUCUUUCAAGACCAUUAAACCGUUCCGUUAUCCUACAACCAGUCAAGGCUGUUAUGACAUUAUGAAGUGAUGUUUUUCUAUGGACGUUUUUCACACCCCAAAGUUUAUUCGAAAUAUUUUCAAAAGGAAACGGUUGAUAAGACAAAUCUGUGUAAUAUCAUUAUUUGUAAUAGUCAUUUUUUAAUUAGAUGCCCACAUAGUGUCCAUUAGCACUUUAUUAAUUUGUUAAAGUAUUUUGUCUUGUUUCAUAGUCUCAUGUGUGGUUACUUGUAUCCAUAUAAUCUCCUAGCAUAGUUGAAACGUAUUUUCUUGCUAAUGAUGAUCUUGGUGAGAUCCAUGAAAAUUGUGAUACACUGCGCAAAAUGUAUGUUUUGUGGGUAACACUUUAUUUUACAGAUCCCUUCAUUUUCUACUAAUUUUCUGAAAAUGUAAAAGAGUAAUUUCUAACAGUUAAUUUUUUGGGACAUUUUGCAAAACAUUUUGGUGCAAUUUGGUACAAAUGAUAAGACAACGAUGAACGAUAUAUUAGCAUAUGAGGUUGUUUCUUAAAAAUGCUACGAGUGAACAUCUAUGAACAAUUUUGGUAACACUUUAUUUUACGGAUCCCUAACUUUCCUUUUCAUUUCCAGGACAUUUUUUCAACAAUUUCCUGAAAGUAGCUUCAGUAUUACAGCUAAAAAGGGUUUUUAAUAAAUAAUCUAAUAUGCCAAUGUCUUAUUUGAUACACAAAACUACACAGUGAAAACUGGUUUUCUGUCAGUCAAGACUCUAAUUCAUUAAUAUUUUUUGCAAAUGAACAACUACAUAUGAAUCCAAAUAUAAUGAGUGAGACCUUGUACCAAACAAACAAACCAACCUAGCACUUAUCAUUUUUAACAAAUUGCACCAGCCUUUCUGUAAAAUGCCCUAAAAAUGAUCCAUUACAUCCUAGCAAAUUACGCAGGAAAUUUCCAGGAGAUUAGUCUAAAAUCAAGGGACCUGCAAAUGCACUCAUCUACUGCAGGUUUGAAAGAUGUGUUCAGCUGUAUUUUGGUAAAAUAAUGACGGUUUGAAACACACAGAGAUUAUAAAUAUACAGCGGCACCACUGUACUUAAUGUAAGACUGAACUACAAUUUAACAACCACCUUUCAAACCUACAGGGUGAGUAUUUGAUACUCAAAGGCAUCUUUUGGGUGGAGUAUGGCUUUAACAUGGCUCACCGCCACCCAUUUUAAUUUGAGUUUUACUUGGAUGACACUAUUCUAGACAAUAGCUGAGCAAAGGAAGCGAGGAAUGAACUGUGAGAGGAAGCGUAAGCCAUACUGAUGCCAAAUAUACCCUAUGAAACAUGAAAAGGUUAUCAGACUGCAGUCAUUUCAGUGUUUUGUCGCUUGUAAAACUGAAUGAUUUUAGUUUUUGCUCAGCACUCUUGAUCAAACAAUAUUUUGGUAUUUGGAGCUCUGUUUACCUACAGCUGUUGCAGUAUUUUAUACUCUUUUUGCUACCUUUACAUUGAUGAACCACUCUGGUCAUGACUGAAAAUGAUUGAAAAAAAAAAAAAAAAAUGCUGUACAAUUUUCAGGAAAUGCAAGCUCAUGCUCAUCUUAAUCUUUACAAUGUCAAACAUUCUGAAUCCAUACUGAGUUUGAAUGAUAUUGGUGUUUAUAUGUAUGAAUAUGGUUGAAUAAAAUUUAAUGGGCUAACACUA